AAACGGCAGCACUUUACGACGUUGACCAAAACAUUGACGACAGUGUCAUGGCGGCGUACGGUGUCAGUUUUGAGAGUUCGAACAACAUCGAAGAAAGAAAGGCUGCCAAACGACAAGCACGGCAAGAGGCGUUAGAAAAGGCUAAACAUCAGUAUGAGAAAGAAGAGAGGAGGAAUGAGCUGAAGAGGCAGAGAGGGGAGGACACUUGGAUGCUCCCAGAGAUCAACCAGAGGCUGCACGAGAUUGAGGAAGAGAGCUCUGUGAAGAGAAAGAAGAAGAAAGAGAAGAAGUCUAAAAAGAAAAAGGAAAAGAAAAAGAAGGCCAAGAAAGAGAAGAAGGCAACAGAUGCAGCAGAUGGCUCUAGUGACAGCUCAGAGGAUUCAGAGGACCAGUGGGUUGAGGCUCAACCUCAGACACAAGCGACUAAAGCCUGGCAGGUUCCUGAUGAGUGCAAGCCUUCAGAGAGCACCCUCAGCCCAGCUCAGAAUGUCCAGAGAGAUGAAUGGAUGACCUUUGACUUCCUGGCGAUGAGAACCACAUCCACAACAGAGAGGAGGGCUGAGAAAGAACGACUGAAGGAGGAGGAGAGGGCAAAGGCUCAGGCCAUUGAACAGGCUGGUUUGCACAAAUUGGAGCUCAACCCAUACUGGAAGGAUGGAGGAACUGGCCUGCCCCCAGAGGAGAUGGCUGGUACUGCAGCAACAAAAAGCACAGUCAUGAACGAUGGAGGUCUGAGCUGGCUGAGGAAGAGCUACCAGAGGAUGAAGGAACAGGCAGAGAGGGAGCAGCGCAGCCUCGACGCUGUGGUGGCUGAAAGAUACGGAUCAAUGGAAAGCUUUCAGCAAAGACUUGCGGAAGCAGAGAAAGCUGUGCAUGGACAGACGAAUGCAGGAGGAGAAGGAGAUACAACAACGAGAGGCGGGCGGAGGAAAGGGGAGAAUGAGUCCAGAGAGAGAUGGAGGAGAAAAGAGGGGGACGGAGAUCGGUGGAGAAGAUAUGAAAGGGAAAGAGAUUCAUCACCGACAAACAGGGAGAGGAGAGAGUGUCGAGGCAGAGAGGAAGACAGAAGUCGAGAUGGAGACAGGUUCAGAGAGAAGGAUAAGGAUAGAGACAGAGAUAAAGGAAGAGACAGGGACAGGGAUGGAAGAAGAGACAGAGAUGAUGAUAGGGACAGAGACAGAGAGAGGAAUAGGGAUAAUGACCGAAACAGAGAAAGAGAGAGACCCAGUGUUGCAUCAGCAUCAUCUGAACAAAAGUGGAGUCACCAGUCUCCGUCUCUUGAGUCACUGAAAAGCCGCUUCCUCAAACCAUCAGAAGACGACGAUGGUGGAGCUCCACAGCAUCGUCCUCCCCUAGCACGACCGUCCACAGGAUUCAUGAAACCGAGUUCUGAUGAUGAAGACUCCGCUCCUCGUCGUAGCAGCAUUCCAUCCUGGAAGAGGAGCAACAGUCCUGCCCGUGAAUCUAAGAGCCUGGAAAAACCACAGCAGGAGAAAGAGAAGGAUCUUGGGAAAACUGUAACUUCUCCUCAAGGCAGUCUGAGUGUUGAUAAAGCUGCUGUGCUGACAAGGGUUGAGAGUGAAAGUGAGGAGGAGGAGGAGGAGGAGGAAGAGGAAGUUCCCCUGCUGACAGAGGAAGAGAUGAACAAACUGGGAGCCAAACUGGUAAAGGCAGAGAUCAUGGGCAACACGGCCAUGGUUGAGAAGUUGAAAUCACAGCUGGACGCAGCUCAGAAAGCCAAAGAGAGCCACGCCGCCCGAAAGAAGCUGCAAGAAACAUCUAACUCAAAGCAGGUCACUGGUCAGUCCAGUGGCGACCAUGAAGUCCUGCUGUUCAGAACAGACCAGUCAGGUCGGGCCUGGCCAGUCAACGCCCCCUCUGGACCUCAGGAGCCCCACGGAGGACGGCGGAAGAAAAAAACGAUCGAGACUCAUGUUGAUGGGCAGCGUGUGCGCUACUUUCAGGAUGAUGAUAAUGUGGGCCUGAAGGAGAUGGUGAGGAGGGAGAAGAUGAGCUCUGCACAGGAUCAGAAUGCCCUCUACUCUCGCAUGGCUGCUAAGAUGAUGGGGAAGACAGACGGUGACAACUACACGCUGGAUGACAUGUUUGUGUCGGGUGCAGCGCAGCGGGAGGGCGAGGGGAGAGAGGAGGAGAGGAUGAGGAACAGAGCCAUCGGGGAGAGCAGGAGGCUGGCUGCUUCCAUGGAGAAAUGCCAGCACUGCUUCAACAGCCAAGAGCUCCAGAAGCACCUCAUCGUGGCGAUAGGGAGCAAGGUGUACCUGAGCCUGCCUGCGGGAGUGUCGAUGACAGAGGGGCACUGUCUCAUCUGUCCUCUCCAACACCACUGCUCGGCCACCGGACUGGAUGAGGAUGUCUGGUCCGAAAUGCAGCUGUUCCGGCGUGCUUUGGUGCGUAUGUUUGAGUCUCAGGAGCUGGACUGCGUGUUCAUGGAAACGCACAUUAACCCACGCAGAAGACAACACAUGGUCCUUGAGUGUAUCCCCCUACCCCGAGAACUGGGGGAUAUGGCUCCUAUAUACUUUAAGAAAGCUAUCAUGGAGUGUGAUGAGGAAUGGGCCAUGAACAAGAAGGUUGUUGACCUCUCGUCGAAAGACAUCCGCCAAGCUAUUCCUCGAGCUCUGCCCUACUUUGCUGUAGACUUUGGACUCCAGGGAGGCUUUGCUCAUGUCAUUGAAAAUGAACAGAAGUUUCCCCAUUACUUUGGCAAGGAAGUGGUUGGAGGCAUGAUGGACCUGGAGCCACGACGUUGGAGGAAGCUGAUUAGAGAGAACUUUGACGAUCAGAGGAAAAAAGUCCUGCAGUUUGCACAGUGGUGGAAACCUUACGAUUGUACCAAGACUGAGGCUUAGCUAGAGGAGGCACAAACUGUGGUACCAGGUGCAUAUGGUGAAUAUAGUGAAUAUAGUGCAUGCACUGCUGCACCUACCAGUUUAAACUUUCAAAAUUCCUAGUAGAAGUUAGAAAGAACAUUUUUAAUUAAAUAAAAAGAAAUGAACAGAACAACUUCGAUUGCUGUAUUUGUUAUUUGUAUGAUGCGUAUCCUUACAUUGAAAAGACCUGGAUCUCAUUCUCCCAUCAUGCAUUAUAAUAAAUAUUAAACAGAAAACUUAAA